AUGUCGCUCGACGACAAGCCAUCCAAGCAGUCUGUCAACGCAGCCCAGCCAGGCUCUCCGGAAGGCCUAGACCGCAAGGAUGAGCAGUCCUCCAAAAGCCACGACGAUCCAACCACGUCCCUCCACGAGCAGAGCGAGCAUGCACAGCCAUCCGACAAUGAAAAGAAGGAUGUCGAGGCGCAGGUCUCUCCCGCCGCGCACGCGGCGCUCGCCACCGAGGACUUUUCCAUCUUCACCGUGCCGCAGAAGAGAGCCAUCAUCGUGGCGGGCAGCUUCAUCUCUUGGUUCAGUCCGAUGACCGGCUCGAUUUAUUAUCCUGCUCUGAAUGAGAUCGCCCGAGAUCUGCACGUCAGCGACUCCAAAAUCAACCUCACAAUCACCACCUACUUGAUCCUCCAAGGUCUCGCGCCUAUGAUGAUUGCCGGCUUCUCGGACAAGGCCGGCCGCCGCCCGGCCUACUUCAUCUGCUUCACAAUCUACAUCAUCGCCAACCUCGCCCUCGCCCUGCAAAACAACUACGUCGCCCUUCUCGUCCUCCGCAUGCUCCAAUCAGCCGGCAGCAGCGGCACCGUCGCCCUCGCCCAGGGCCUCGUGGGCGAUUGCAUCGUCAGCUCCGAGCGCGGCAAGUACGUUGCCUACGCGUCCAUCGGCAGUCUGCUCGGCCCGUCCAUCAGCCCUGUUAUUGGUGGUUUGCUGAGCCAGUACCUGGGCUGGCAUUCGAUUUUCUGGUUCUUGCUUAUCCUCUCCUCCGUGAGCUUUGUCCCGCUCGUCUUGUUCCUCCCCGAGACCUCGCGCGCUCUCGUCGGCGACGGCUCAGUCCCGCCUCCUUGGACGAGCGCCAACCUCACCGACCGCAUCCGCUUCCGCAACCGCGAACGCAAAGGCAUCCCCAUCGAUGAAGUCAAACUCGCCGCCCUGCGCCAAAACUACCGCAUCACCUUCCCCAACCCCAUCGGCACGCUGCGCGUCCUCGCCGACCGCGAAACCGCGCUCCUGCUAGGCGGCGUCGGCAUCGCCUUCGCCUGCUUCUACGCCAUCUCCACCGGCGCCGCCAAAGCCUUCCACGACGUCUACCACUUCGACGAGCUGUACAUUUCCCUCGUCUUCCUGCCCAUCGGCGUGGGGAGCAUCAUCUCCGCCUUCACGACGGGCCGGCUAAUAGACUGGAACUACAAACGCCACGCGCGCGCGCUCAACUUCCCCAUCCAAAAGAACAGACAAACAGACCUCACCGACUUCCCCAUCGAGCGCGCAAGAAUGGAAAUCGGCCUGCCCAUCAUGCUCCUAGGCGCCGUCGCAGUCGUCGGCUACGGCUGGCUGCUCGACGCAAAAGUCUCCGUCGCGGGCCCCAUCAUCAUGCUCUUCAUCCUCGGGUACUGCCUCAUCGCCGGCUCGCAGGCCCUCAUCACCCUCAUGGUCGACAUCUACCCGGGCAAACCCGCGACCGCCACGGCGGCGAAUAAUGUUGUGCGGUGCCUGCUUGGCGCGGCCGCUACGGCUGCUAUUGGGCCCAUGACGAAUGCGAUUGGGAAUGGGUGGUCGUAUACCAUUUUGGCGGUGUUGUUUAUGGCGUCGGCGACGGGGCCGUUGGUGACGAUGAAGUAUGGGGUUAAAUGGAGGCGAGCGAAGAAGGAGAAGAAGGAGAGGAGGAGGCGGGAGAGGGAGGAGAAGGGUGCUGCUGGGAAGGAAUGA